GUUAAUGCAGAAAUAACUACUUUAACAGGGUAAGAUUUUAUUGUUCUAAAGUUUUUUAAUUGUCUCAAGUAUUUUAGCCUUUUUCUAAGGGUAGUUUUAGAUGGUAUUAUCACUUUUACCUUUACAUUUUGUAUCUAAUUUUGUUUUUAACAGGUUGGUGAAAUUAAAGUACUCAUUGAUACAAUGUAUCUAAUACUAGAAUGUAUUUGGCUGUUUCUCUACAUUGUCUCGAUUUGACUUGACAAUUUGGCACUUAAUAAUGUAUACAAUGUAUUUUUUUAUAUUUGUAUAAUUUUUAUGACUGGACACUAACUUUAAAGAGUACAUAAUCACCUGAAGAUUUGUGGAUUGCACUUGAAUCACCUGUGGAUACAACACUGAACUUUUUGAGAAUUUGCAUACCACAUCAGAUUGGAUGUGGGGAUUUAAUUGGCAGAAUGGGUGUGUUUAAAUGAUCACUGUGUAUCUGUGUGUGUUACACUUGAGAAAGGGCUUUCUUGGGCCCGAAACAUGUUGUGUUUCACAGAAUAAAUAAGCAAAAGCAGUUAAAUCUGCAAUUUUGAGUGCUCUCCUUUUACUUUCUACUAAGAUUGAUACCUUUGGAUGCACGGUACAUCCAUACAAGAGGAUUGAGGCAUUCACUGCAUAACCAUUGUUGGGCUGAGCGCAGAUUCCCCUAUAUUCUAUUGGAAUUCUUUACCGAAGUCUCUGCGCCGCAACGCUAUUUGGAAAUUUUUUCCAUGAUGACUACUAACAGAUCCUCUGAAAACUGUCAUACCUUUGCCUAUACGGAAAGUGAAAUCCAACGGAUUCUAACAGAGGCAGAAUUGAACUUAGAAGAACAGAAGGAACUGUGCUUCAUAAAAGAUCCUGCAAAAGAUCUGUUCAACUUACAAAGAAAAGAAGUAAGUCUUUUGUUACACCAGAGCACUUUAAUACGAUAUGUAAAAGCAAAGCAGAUCCCUAGAGGCCUACGCCUGGAUAUCACCCCUAAUUUGUGUACAGACGAUCCCAUAUUAAUGCAGAGAUGGCAUGAAAUUACCAACAAAUGUAGCUUGGAUUUAAUGGUGCUAAUGAUAGAACGUGCACAUUGUAAACUCACAGAUCUGAAGCAACAGAUUAACCUACAAAAAGCCGAUCUAACAACUAAAGUCGGCAUUGAAGAGACAGAACGGCUAAUGAAACGCCAUAAUGAGAGUCUCGACAAAUUACGUCAGACCAUACUUGCACGCAAAGUGACGAAGUUUACACGGGAUGAGGAGGACUACGCAAAAGAGCGAGUCUAUACCUGGCGCCAGGACCGUACGAGGCAGCGCUCCGAAGGGGGACCCCAAAGGAUCGGACUGUCAGGCCAGCGACGCCCCAGGACCUCAUGGCGAGAGAGACGCAAUCCUGCCGUGUAUACUAGUAGCGAAGAAGAAGUCUGCAGCGGAGUACAACAAUAUCCUUUUUUAGGCGCACGCACAGAGGGAGGAGACGUGGUAAGGCCCAAACAGCGCACCAACUCCAGGACGCCGAUCGACAGGGAUCACUACCCGAGACGGGACAGACAACCUCCAAGAUUGAUACCUUUGGAUGCACGGUACAUCCAUACAAGAGGAUUGAGGCAUUCACUGCAUAACCAUUGUUGGGCUGAGCGCAGAUUCCCCUAUAUUCUACUAGUUUGUAUUGUGUCAGCUCUGUGAAUACAUCCAGUUCUACUUUAAUAAUACAUUCUAGAUUUAAUAUAUCCAUGCUCCAAAACCCUACAAAAUAAAAAUAUUUUUCAGUAAUGAUAUAUGUAUCAAUGUAUUUUUUUAAGAAAAAUAUAAUGGGGUGAUGUAACAGAGUCAUGUUGCUCAAAUGUUAUUUUCUGAGAUAUCUGUGGAGGGCAGCACUUUUUUUUCUUUUCUUUCUGUCUUUUCUACCUCUGCUGGGCAGCACAAACAAAAAAAUCCUUCAUCUCUUUUCAUUACGUCUGUCCUACACAAUUCUCAGUAAUUAAAAAAAAAAAAGCAGGGUUUAAGCCAUGGUUUAAAGCCAUGCUGAAACCUGCUCUUUACAGAUCUGAAAUGCUAAAGCAUUUUAACCACGGGUGUCCAAAAGGUAGAUUGGGAUCUACCAGUAGACCUUUAGCUGGUGAUCUGUAGAUCUCAAGACCCAGGAGGUCAUUUAUAAAGUUUGUGCAGCUCACAUUUAUUUGCAAAUGGUUGUGUUGCCUACAUUUUUUCUUGAAUGCGCAAAUAUUGCAGUGCUGUCCUGUCUUUACAUUUUUGGUGAAUUGCACAAAAAUAUUCGCGCAUGAGAUGGGUGUGUGCGACUGUGUGAGGUCAUUGUGCACGAAAAUAUCGCUGACGAUCAAUUCAAUUUGCGAAAAGAGUUUUGUGAAUAUUGUCUCCGCCACCAAAGUUCUGGCUUAACUCAAAUGCAGUGUGCAUAAAUAUUUGCAAUUUGUGAUUAUACCAUAUUUAAAAAGUCCUUAUAGACAUUC